UUCAGUAGUAUAGCUAAAAAGAACAGACCAUUUGUUGGUUAGGUUAUUCCAUUAGUAAGGACAUAUGUAUGCACUCGCAAAGUUCGGAAUUUUCGAAUACAUCACACAAAAACAGAAAAUGGAUGACGAAAGAAAAUGUCCAGAUGAAGAAGAGAAUGAGUUUUACUUUGAAUCCGAUCACUUGGCAUUAAAAGGUAACAAGGACUAUAGUACAUUCCUGAAAACGAUUAUUAUGCUCGAAGCUCAAAGAGCCCAAGCUAUAGAAGAUUUGGACAAGCUCUUGUCUGCACGAGAUAAUGCAAUAAAAGACCCAAUAUCGUUCGUGGCACAAUUGCAAAACGGCGAUCUUCCAGAACUACCUGGUCCGCAAAAAAUUGCAGAUGUUCCUUAUAUCGAUUGGUCACAAUAUGACAUAGCAAUGCCAGAUAUACGUAUGAGGCCACAAACUCGCCAUGGAAACAUGCCUCAGAUUCAUACAAAAAAUGAACAAGAAAAUGGAAAAAUUCUAGUUCGAGGUCGUGCUUUUGAUCAAACCAAGCCUGAGACAUUCAAUCAGUUGUGGACAUAUGAGGAACAAAAGCGUCUAGAGGAACUUUUAGUAGAGUAUCCUCCAGAAGAAGUAGAAAUGAGACGUUGGACUAAAAUAGCUAAAGCAUUAGGAAAUCGAACACCUAAGCAAGUAUCCAGUAGAGUCCAAAAGUAUUUUAUUAAACUCUUAAGGGCAGGAUUACCCAUACCAGGAAGAGGACCCAAAGUUAAAAUAGAUCAUGUCAAGAGAGGUUUAAACAGUAAACAGCGCAACAGUAACUUCUUAUUGAAACGGUCAACAUUUUUUCCACAUCAAGAUAUUUCUUUUGAUACAUCUAAUGAAAAUAAGGAACAGCCUACUCCAGAGGAGUCUGAGGAAGAUAUAACAAAUGAAGGAAUGAAUGAUAAUGCUGAGAUAAGGCAAAUAAAGCUGUUGCGCCAAGUAAAGAUUGAGAAAGAGCAAGAUACUUCAACAUAUGAAAAUCUUGGAUAUAAAUGUAUAAUAUGUGGCGAAGAACCUAUAAGGGGUAUCAGGUGGCAUUGUACAGAGUGUCACAAUGGAAUUGAUCUAUGUAGUGAUUGUGCAGUAACACAAUUGGAAGCACCGAAUCCUACACACGAUCCAUAUCACAAAUUAAUUCCCAUAAAACUAUCUCACGAUACUAGAAAUUAUGAUCAUGAUUAUCUCCCACAAAAUUUCCGCAAUUCUUACAAUUACCUGGAUCCAAAUUUUCUGCCUGAGUAGUUUAUGCAUUUUAACAAAUUAAAACAAAAAUAAAUAAUUUAUA